GGGUCCCCGCGCGGCGCGCGCUCCCGCGGGCCGGGGGCGGGGCGGGGCGGUGGCCCGGGGCGCCCGCUCCUCCCCCUGCGGGCGGCCAGGCUGGCGGCGCCGAGACCCCUGCGCGCUGCACAUGGGGCGCCUGACGGAGGCGGCGGCAGCGGGUGGUGGCGCUUCAGCGGCGCGCUCGGCCGGGCCCCCUCCCGCUCCCCUGCCCCUCUCGUCCACGUCCCCCGGCUGUGCGGCCACCAUGGCGUCCAGCGAGGAGGACGGCACCAACGGCGGCGCCUCGGAGGCCGGCGAGGAGAGAGAGGCCGCGGGCAAGAGGAGGCGCCGGGGCUUGCUGGCCACCUCCUGGCUCACCUUCUACAACAUCGCCAUGACCGCGGGGUGGCUGGUACUAGCUAUUGCCAUGGUACGUUUUUAUAUGGAAAAAGGAACACACAAAGGUUUAUAUAAAAGUAUUCAGAAGACACUUAAAGUUUUCCAGACAUUUGCCUUGCUUGAGGUAGUCCACUGUUUAAUUGGAAUUGUCCCUACUUCUGUGCUUGUGGCUGGGGUCCAAGUGAGUUCAAGAAUCUUUAUGGUGUGGUUCGUUACUCACAGUAUAAAACCAAUCCAGAAUGAGGAGAGCGUGGUGCUUUUUCUGGUCGCGUGGACGGUGACGGAGAUCACUCGCUAUUCCUUCUACACAUUCAGUCUUCUCGACCACUUGCCAUACUUCAUUAAAUGGGCCAGAUAUAAUUUUUUUAUCAUCUUAUAUCCUGUUGGAGUUGCUGGUGAACUUCUUACAAUACACGCUGCCUUACCGUAUGUGAAGAAAACAGGAAUGUUCUCAAUAAGACUUCCCAAUAAAUACAAUGUCUCUUUUGACUACUAUUAUUUUCUUCUUAUAACCAUGGCCUCGUAUAUACCAUUGUUUCCACAACUCUACUUUCAUAUGUUACGUCAGAGAAGAAAGGUGCUUCAUGGAGAGGUGAUUGUCGAAAAGGAUGAUUAAAUGAUCCCUACAACAAGGUGCUUUUUCCAGAAUAACCAGGAUUACUUGAGUCCAAGUUUUAAUAAUAAGAAUAAACAGCUUCAUGAAAUAU